AUGAGCGAGCCGUUCGAGGACAAUGAAAAGCGCUCUAUGCUCGCGGAGUUGAUCAGAGCCAGUCGAAUUGAUGUGGGUGCAGUGGUGGAGUUCGUCAAAAGGUACAACAUUCAGCCGAAUUGGAUGGACAUGCGCUAUCCCAAUGGAGCUCUCCAGCUCAGGAGCUACCAGCAGGCCACGGUGUCAGGGCACCCGAAAGUCAACCCCCGUCUUCUCGUGUUUCUGUGGCAACUCUCCUGA